GCCCGCGCCUCACUUCCGCCCGUGCGGGGAACCCCGGAGCGGAUAUAGCGGCCGCCGUUUCCGGCCCGGCCCCUUUUCCGUCGCGGCUGCCCGCACGCGAACAUGCCUUUGGCCAAGGACCUGCUGCAUCCCUCCCCCGAGGAGGAGAAGAGGAAGCACAAGAAGAAGCGCCUGGUGCAGAGCCCCAACUCCUACUUCAUGGACGUGAAGUGCCCAGGUUGCUAUAAGAUCACCACUGUAUUCAGCCAUGCUCAAACUGUCGUUCUGUGUGUGGGCUGCUCCACUGUGUUGUGCCAGCCCACUGGAGGAAAGGCAAGGCUUACAGAAGCAUGGGUAGCUCUUGGAUCAAUCCUGGAUUGCCAGUGAACUGCAGUAUCAUGAAGAAGCUUCCUGUGAGAGCUGGAGGCCAGGAUGCUCCUUCAGACGAAAGCAGCAUUAAACUAAAGGAAUUUGAGAUGGCUGGGACUACUUGCACAGAUGGCUGCACAGAUGAAGAACAUGGGAUCUGAUUCAGGUGUGACCUGAAUGCUUUAGCCACAUGUCCUUGGAAUGAAAUGAGGAAUGUGACUAUCAUACUGUCCCUGUAGCCCCACCCAUCUCACUGUUAAUAAAUUUUGGAUAAAAUACAA